AUAAGCUUUAAGAUCUACUCUGCAUGUGGAGUUAGAAUCUAACAGAUGUAAAUAUGCUUCAAAUUCACUUUAACGAACGGUUUCCAAUCUGUGGCGCUCCCUCAGUCAGCCCUGGCCCACUUCGCCCUGGUCCCCAGUACGGGGCGCUGUGUUGAGUUGCUCACAGAUCAGGCACUUUACUGAGAUUCUAGGUCACUGAAACUCUGAAGAAUUCAUGAAAAUCUAUGGUUUUAAUGACGUUUCCUGUACGCGGGCGUUGACUUCUCCGCCUGGCUGCGUGUCAUUUUUUUUUUAAUUCCCCUCUCUUUCUCUCCAUCUCUCUCUCUGUCCCUUUCUCUCGCUGGCUUCUGCACACUUGAUGUCGGAUCUCUAACAGCCUGCUCUCCCGGCACCCCCUCUCUCGCACACCCACCGUUUCCUCCCCUUUCGCUGCACUCCUGUAGCCUGCGAUGGUGCAUCGCGUCCCCGCGUCGGUCACUGGAAACCCACGGCUGGUGAUGUGAAAAGAAAAAAUCCUUCUUCUUCGCUCGCCACCCUCUAUCGAUUCUGCCCGUCACUUCUGGCUGACCUGAUGGAGCGGGACGUCGAGAGCCCCGGGGCCGCUCGGCAGCCAAAGCUACCGAAGCAAGUGUGGGAGAACAGCCCGAGGAAGAGUGGCAAGGGUGCCGUCAAGAACGUCCAGAGGUACGUGAGGAAGGACGGCAAAUGCAACGUUCACCACGGCAAUGUGCGGGAGCGCUACCGUUACCUGACCGACAUCUUCACCACGCUGGUGGACCUGCAAUGGAGACUCAAUCUGUUCAUCUUCGUCCUGGUGUACACAACCACGUGGCUGUUCUUUGGACUAAUCUGGUGGUUCAUUGCCUUCGUACGAGGGGAUCUCCUCCACAUAGGGGAUGCCUCCUGGGUGCCUUGUGUUAACAAUCUCAAUGGCUUUGUCUCUGCCUUUCUCUUCUCCAUUGAGACUGAGACCACCAUUGGCUAUGGCUACAGAUUCAUCACGGACAAGUGUCCCGAGGGCAUCAUCUUACUGCUGGUGCAGUCGGUGAUGGGCUCGAUAGUCAACGCCUUCAUGGUGGGCUGCAUGUUUGUGAAGAUCUCGCAACCCAACAAGAGGGCCGAAACCCUGGUGUUCUCCACCAAUGCCGUGAUCAGCGUGCGCGACGGCAGGCUGUGCCUGAUGUUCCGUGUCGGGGACCUGAGGAAUUCCCACAUCGUGGAGGCAUCCAUCCGCGCCAAGCUCAUCAAGUCCAAGCAGACCAGGGAAGGGGAGUUCAUCCCGCUCAACCAGACGGACAUCAACGUGGGCUACGACACGGGAGACGACCGUCUCUUCCUGGUCUCCCCGCUCAUCAUCUGCCACGAGAUCAACCAGCAGAGCCCUUUCUGGGAAAUCACCAAAGCCCAGAUGGCCAAGGAGGAUCUGGAAAUCGUGGUCAUCCUUGAAGGAAUGGUGGAGGCGACAGGUAUGACUUGUCAAGCUCGGAGUUCGUACGUGACCAGCGAGAUUCUUUGGGGCUAUCGCUUCACGCCGGCGCUGUCUCUGGAGGAGGGGUUCUACGAGGUCGACUACAACAACUUUCACGAGACCUACGAGACAAAGACGCCGGCCUGUAGCGCCCGGGAAAUGUCGGAGAUGAUCAGCAAAGCGGAACUGCCCCUCACCUGGUCCGUCUCCACCAGACUCAACGAGGAGGACGAGGAGGAAGAGGCGGAGAAGCCGGACGAGGACAAGAGCCGCGAGGAGCAGACGGAGCAGAACGGCGAGGUUGCAAACCUAGAGAGUGAAUCCAAAGUGUGAGCUGUAAGGUGGGACUUCUUUGCUCAAGACAGGGUGGAAGAUCACGUCGUUUGGUGUGCGUGAUGAAUAGAGUCAGGGUGUGCGGGGGUUUCCACUCGCACAACCUACGGGUGAAAUUAGAGGUUUGAACAACAACAAAAACAAAAACAAAAACGCGAGUUGGGAAAUAAUGGUGAGGUGCGGGGCAUCGAGCUGGAUGAAUGGGACGUGGUGUGGCAAACAGUAGGAUUUUUACUUUAGCAAGUUAGGCACAAAAUCCGCGAUCGAUAUAGGGAGCAGCUUAAAGCAUAUCGGCCGCAUUAUGGGGCACGCACCUGUGUUCAGAAGCUACUUAGAACAGAGCGGAUGAAAUUCCUCUUCGGUCUUUCACGCCCAAUGCGCACACGUCUGUCGCCUACUUUUUUUUAUCAUGCUGUUGCAUUUUCAGAGGCAAAACAAACUGUCACUGACAUUCCCACAUGCAUCUCAGCAUCAGUGCCCAAAGCAAGAUUUCUCCCCUCCACUCGCGCCUGUGCCCAGGUAAUGCAGACAGUCAGCUUACUAAAGAAUCUCAGAUAUCCAACAGUUGUUCGGCCCAAGUAUCCACAUAUUCCCAUUGUUCCGCUGUCGAGGUCAAUGCAGGCUAAUGAUUCCUUAUUAAAGAAGAAAAAAUAAAAUAAAUGCACUUACAUGGGCAAACUAUUCAGUGAUUUUUUUCUUACUGGAUUCAAGCAAGAUCUCUGGGCAGGGAAAGAGGUUUGAUCUAUAACAAUUCGGUGCUCCGCUGUUACAGGAGUCACUGCAAAUAAUUAUUUUAAAUGUCAUUUGCAAGUUCCUUUCUUAAAAUAUUUUACUCUUUGUGUUUCUAACGCGGAUUCCUUCGAAAAGAAGCGCCUAUUCUAAGAGUAAUACAUCAAUCGGCUGAUUUUUUAACUUUCAUGAGGUGAUAGGAGUAGAAUUAGGCUAUUCGGCCCAUCAAGUCUACUCCGCCAUUCAAUCAUGGCUGAUCUAUCUCUCCCUUCUAACCCUUCUAUCUCUGCCUUCUCCCCAUGACCUCCGACAUACAUACUAAUCAAGAAAGAAUCAGUUUCCUUCGUCACAGUCCCCAAAGCAGCAAGAACUUUGGCAAAACCGUCCAAUAAACACUGGAGAUCAGAAGCAACAACUUUGUGCUUUGCAAGAAAGUCCUUAUUCAAACUGGCUAACUGGCUUUUGACUUUUUGUUUUGUGUCUUCUUCAGAUGGAUAGGGGUCUGUGUAUUUCUAGCAUUUUAUUUAUUUUUCCUGGAUUAAAGAACUGAAGUAUAUCCUUAUGAGGCGGUUCAUAAAUAACGCUGUACAUAUACAACACACAUUUGUGUGUAAUUUUUGAAAAUGUAUAGUUUGUACAGAAAUUAAGCACUUUAAAACUGCAUAAAAUCUGUGCCGAAUGAAGUCAUGGUUGUUUUCAUACUCUGUUCCUUAUCUAAUUCCAACAACAAUUCUUCCUCUUCCUCUUAGUUCAGUCUCAUCAUCCCAAGAAUCGAUCAAGUGAAUGAGUGCUGCACCAACUCCAAGACAUGGUCUUGGCGGCACAAUGGUGUAGCUGGUAGAGCCACUGCCGCACUGCCCCCGAGACCCGGGUUCGAUCCUGACCUCGGCUGCUAUGUCUGUGUGGAGUUUGCAAGUUCUCCCCGUGACUGUGUGGGUUUCCUCCGGGUGCUCUGGUUUCCUCCCACAUCCCAAAGACGUUGUGCAAGUCAAUUGGCCCUCUGUAAAUUGUCCCUAGUAUGUAAGGAAUGGAUGGGAAAGUGGGAUCGCAGAGAACUGGUGUGAACAAGGUGAUUGAUGGUCAACAUGUACUCAUUGGGCUGAUGGGCCUGUUUCUAUGCUGUAUCUCUAAACUAAAAACUAAACAAGUUUGUCCUUCUCCAGACAGAAACCAAGCAUGCACACAAGUUCCCUCGAAACUCUAUGCAUUUUUAUUACAACUUCUUUACUUUUAUGCUCCAUUAUUUGUUGUUCCAAUACUUACUCUGCCUGCAUUACAAAAACCAACACUCCAAAAUCUCUCUUGACAUUAUCUAAUUUCCAACCAUUUAAGAAAUGUUAUUUUUCUGUUCUUCCAACCUGUGGAGAACCUCACAAUUUUCUCUCCCAAUUUUUCCAGAUUUCAUCCAUCACCUUCUUGAUCCACCUUGUAGCACACACCACACUUGGAUUUAGAUAAUUGGACUUCUAACUAUCUCUUGAUUCAAGUCAUUCAUGUAAAUCAUAAUCAAGGGUGUGGAACUGAUCCUUGUGCUGCCCCACUUGUAACACAGCGCCAAUUUGAAAAUGUCUACCGUUUUCUAGUCCUUUAACCAUAUAACCAUACAACAAUUACAGCACGCAAACAGGCCAUCUCGGCCCUUCUAGUCCAUGCCGAACACUUACUCUCACCUAGUCCCAUCUACCUGCACUCAGACCAUAACCCUCCAUUCCUUUCCCAUCCAUAUACCUAUCCAAUUUAUUUUUAAAUUAUAAAAAUAAACCUGCCUCCACCACUUUAUCUGGAAGCUCAAGCUUUAAUCAAUCCUUCACUGUGCUGCUAUGUUAUUCCAUUCCUUGAGAUCUUAAUUAGUGAUCAUCUGUUGUCUCAUGCUUACCCAAACAUCUUUUGGAAAACCAGAUAUUCCAGAUCCACUAUUUCCUCCUUAUUUAUCCUUCUAUAUAAGUUUUCACCCCGCUAUGUUUUGUCAAACCAAUUUUCCCUUUGAAAAAAAGACAUUAUAAUUUUCUAAGACCCCUGUUACUUCAUCUUUAAUGUUAUUGUUUCUAGUUGCACCUUUUCACGUCACAACCGAGUAAAUAGAAAAAAUUAAAGCAACAUUUUUGAUUAAUAUUUUGGUCUCUUCAGUUUUGUUGCCUGAGAUUUUUUUCAUGUUCGUAGGUUCUAGGAGCAGAAUUAGGCCAUUCGGCCCAUCAUGUCUACUCCGCCAUUCAAUCAUGGCUGAUCUAUCAUUCCCUCUCAACCCCAUUCUCCUGCCUUCUCCCCAUAACCCCUGACUCCCUUAUUUUUGUCCAUACCCAAAAUUAUUUAACUUUUGUCCAUACCCAGAUCUUACACUAAUUUUCUUCUGUUCCUGUAAAAUGCAUCUCAUAAAAUGCACGCUCAUCAUUGCCUCCUCAUUGUCCUUUCCAACAUUUUGCCUAAUCAUAUUAACCCUUCUCAUGCUCUGGAACAAUUAAUAUUUUAUCAUUAAACUUCUUGCACGAGGACCGGACAGGAGUGUUGUAAACUCCAAUCCUAAUUUGUUUCCUCUCCCGGCCAGUUACUGUUAGGCUAUCUGAUUUAUUAUUGAUUAAUAUCCCACCAUUUUUUGUCCGCUUCCCCAAUUUGUUUGCAUAUUUUUUUCGCUCUUCCUCUUUCUGUCGUUCUACCUUCAUCGCGAUCAAUCAUUUAUUACCUCUUAUCUGCUUUCAAAUGAUUCUAUUUCUGUCAUUCUGAUUGCUAGCCACUUCACUUUGUUCAACUGCUGUACAUUAUCUUUCAAACUCACCAUUAAUCUAUUUUUUUUUCCACUCUGUCUAAAUAUGCGGUAUCCUAAAAAAAACCCAUUCUCAGUAUGGAUUUAUCUACAGCCACAUCUCUUGUCUUGGCCUCUGUUGCUCUGUUUUAUUUUAGUGUUCAUAGGCAGUUUAACUCCCUUUUAUUAAAAAUUCUUCUCACAUUAAUUUUAACUGUCUUUUCACACUUAUUCUAUAUUUACCUUUCCCCUGGCUAUUUAUGUUCUCCUUUAGUUUAUAUUUUAGCCUUUUAUAAAUGUGUGUCACUCUUGUUUCAUUUGUAUAAGACCAUAAGACAUAGGGGCAGAAUUAGGCUAUUCGGCCCUUCGAGUCCACACUCCCAUUCAAUCAUGGCUGAUCUAUCUUUUCCUCUCCAGCCCAUUCCCAUGCCUUCUCCCCAUACCCAUCGACACCCUUACUAAUCAAGAACCUAUCAAUAUCCACUUUAAACAUACCCAAUGUCUUGGCCAAUAAAUUCCAUAUUCCAUAACCCUCUGGCUAAAGAAAUUCCUUGUCAUAUCCAUUUUAAAGGUACGUCCAUUUAUUUUGAAGCUCUAACCUCUAGACUGCCCCACUACUAAAAAAUAUCCUUUCCACAUCCACUCUAUCUAGGUCUUUCAGUAUUCGCUGAGAUAUCCCCCACCCCUCAUCCUUCUAAACUCCAGCAAGUACAGGCCCAGAGACAUCAAAUGCUCCUCAUAUGUUAGCCCAGCCAUUCCUGGGUUGAUUCUUGUAAACCUCCUCUGCAUCUUCUCCAAAGCCAGCACAUCUCUCCUCAGAUAUUGAGCCCAAAUUUAGAGAGGAGCAUCAGUUUUCAGGUUGUGACAUAAAGCCAUCAGUUAAAAAGAGGAAAUGGUUGUGGUACAGGAUGUUUAAGGCAGGAGGUUAGUGGCCUAUUCCCAUUUCCUGGACUCAAGGAAACUGAGGCAGGGAGACGUUGAACAGGUUGGGUCUCUAUUUCUCUCAGCGCAGGAGGAUAAGGGGUGAUCUUAUAGAGGUGUACAAAAUCAUGAGACGAAUAGAUCGUGUAGAUGCUCAGAA